AUGUCGACCACCACCCAAACCGAGACCCAAUCUAAAUUCGCCACAACCAAAGACUCCCCCAUCCCACGCGGCGAGACCAAAUCCAAACUCACCUUCUACGCCCCUCCAUCCGACGGCAGCAAACCCUGGAACUACGUCGAAGCCCCGCCAGCCGGCUCACCACAACGCAACUUCGGCGAAGACGAACACGAAGUCACCAUCACCGACAUCCGGGGCCGGGAAAAGGACUUCGAUAUCAACACCAACGGCUUCGGCGUCCUGCAGAAUGUGGACAGUGAGAUGCAGUACGAGCAAUGGAACGACGACGCCCGGGUGAAAGACGUCUACUACAAAGAAGUAGAGGACUUGAUGAUGAAGAAUGUGCCGGGUGCGAACCGAGUCUUCAUCUUCGACCACACCAUCCGGCGCUCAGAUCCGAAUGCCCAUCGUGCACCGGUGAACCGAGCCCACAUCGACCAAACGACCGCCUCAGCCACAGCCCGUGUACACCACCACAUGGGCUCCGACGCCCCUGCCCUCCUCCAAACCCGCUUCCGCCUAAUCAACAUCUGGCGGCCCCUCAACGGCCCCGUCGUCAGCAAACCCCUCGCCUACGCCGACUCCCGCUCCGUUCCAGACAGCGAUAUCGUGGGCGUAGAACACAGAUACCCGGACCGCACGGGCGAGACGGCAGGGGUCAAGUACACGGAGCAGGGGAGGUGGCAUUAUUGGAGCGGGAUGGGGAAUGAGGAGAGGAUAUUGCUGCAGUGUUUUGAUUCCAAGGAUGGGGCGCGGACGCCGCAUAGUGCUUUUGUGGAUCCGAGGACGGAGGGGGAGGGGUGGAAGGGGAGGGAGAGUAUUGAGCCAUCACCCUCCUUUCCAUCUUACAAGGAACUGGGCCCCGAAGAACCCCAACCUCAGUCGUUGAUUGCCAAGCUGUAA